AUGGAAAAAGAAAGUAUAUAUGUUGGUAUUGAUCUUGGCACAACAUAUACCAAAGCCGCUUAUAAUUCCAAUGUGUCUCAAUGUGUCGAAACUUUGACCUUUUCGUCCGAAGAUCAAUCCAUUCGUUCAACUGUUGAUUUCAAUAGUUAUCCAGUUAAAGUAGCGACCGAAUCAAUUACAAACAUUUCAGAAGUUAAACGUAUUUUGGGUGUUCCUUUUGGUGAUGAUUCAAUUGUUAACAUCAAAUCAAAUUACGCAGACAUUUUAGAAGACACUGACGGGUUUUGUUAUUUUAACACGACUUUCCAAGGUCGCCCAACACCAGUCCGCCCCGUUGAAAUUUCUGCAAUCAUAUUAAGUCACGUCAAAAAGCAAAUUAUUGAAAGUGUGAAUUUCGACCCUCAAAGACAGUCAAUCAAAGUUGUUGUGACACACCCCGUCUUCUUCGAUCAAAAACAAAGGGACUUAACCGAAGAAGCAGCAAAAAUAGCGGACCUUGAUGUCAUUGGAUUAAUAUCAGAACCCACAGCAGCUGCUUAUAAUUAUUCACUCAAAAACAAUUUACCAAACGGAAUGGUCUUUUUCUUUGACUUUGGAGGAGGAACUUUAGACACUGCUGUUGGCGAGAAAACUGGCAGUCAUAUUAAAUUCUGUGGUAUUCAUGGCGAUAAAAACCUUGGUGGUAUUGACAUCGAUAUUGCACUUCUGGAUUAUGUCAUGAAUGAGUGGAAGGAAUAUGAUGAAAAUGAGGUAAACAACUUAUUUGAAGUGCAAAAUGGUGAUAGCACAACAAUACAAAAAAAGAAAGUAUUACGAAGGCAAUCACUCAAGAAUUUGAUUGAAAAUGCAAAGAUCGAGUUGUCUGUCAAAGAAAAUGUUACUCUGAAAUUCACCAAAUUUGGCAGUGAAUUUGAAUUAACAAUUACUCGUGAUAUUUUGGGAAAGUGUUGUUUGUCAAUUUUUCGGAGGUGCGAGGAAACAAUAAAAGAAACACUUAAAAAGGGUAAUAUACGAUCUUCUACAAUAAAAAGUGUCGUUUUAAUUGGUGGAAGUUCUCAAAUACCUGAAGUGAAAAAAAUGUUAAGAAAAGUUUUUCCCGAUCGACCAUUGUUGGAGCGUGAAGACAGUAAUUUGGUUAUCGCUAAAGGCGCUUGUUUGUAUGCACGAGACGUUGCUUCACAAACAGUCAAAAAUCAUAUCACACAAAUAACAGCAAGAGAUGUGAAUACAUUGAUGACAAUAGUUGAUAUUCACAAACAUAAAACAGGAAAUGUAUUAAUUACAUUGAUUAAUAAAGGAACACCCCUUCCAGUUGAAAAUGUUACUUUCAGUGUCCCAACAAUCACACCAACUGUUUCAGUCAUACUUACAGAAGACAGAAGUUUGAUUGGAAUAUUCGAAACUACUCUGAGGUUCAAUUUUUGGGAUAAAAUCACAUUUAAGUUUGAAGUUGAAAUAAUAGGGAAAAUCAAAUUGGUUGUAUUGGACAAAGAUGGAAAUCAAGACCCGGGACAAAUUGUUGUCGAUUUGACAAGAAAUCAACAACAGGAAACAGAAGAAAUUGAAAAGUACAGACGAAAUCUGAAAAAAUAUUUAGGAUUUUAA